AUGAGUUCUCUAGCUGGCCAAUCAAGUGCUCGUAUGGCUGGUGGCCAUUGUUACACUGCGGCCCAGACUUCUGCCCUUAUGGUUGCACCUUCCAACCAAGUUCGUUGUGCUAGUGCGAAGCAGGGGCAAUUGAAAAUGUUGCAUGGUGCCUUGGCAGGCAUUAAGGAGGAGGUUCAUGUUUCAGAGGUGGAUCGCCAAUCAGGUGAGGCCCUUGGAUUUGAAAAGGGGAAACAACUGGGUGGUUUCUCUACAAGUUUCGGAGAACCUGAAGUCCCAAAUCCUAGCCGUGUUGCAAGAAGGGCUGAAGAGGUGGAUGUUGCUCUAUCGUCCCUAGCUGAGACAAAUUUUGCGGGCCUCUUUUGCUUGGGGAAGCUUGACCAUGACAACUUUCACCAAUUUUGUGGUAUGUCGAAACUGAAAGAUUCUUCCUCAGACUCUGAGGGCUGA